CCCUGUCCCGGACCGUCCGCCCGCAGCCGGUCCCUAGGUCCGCCCGUCCCGCGCCGGGUCCGUCGGUCCCGCCAUGAGCUCCACGCAGUUCAACAAGGGCCCGUCCUACGGGCUCUCGGCCGAGGUCAGGAACCGGCUCCUGUCCAAAUAUGACCCCCAGAAGGAAGCAGAGCUCCGCAGCUGGAUUGAAGGACUCACGGGCCUCUCCAUUGGCCCCGACUUCCAGAAGGGCCUGAAAGACGGGGUCAUCUUGUGCACACUCAUGAACAUCCUCCAGCCAGGCUCCGUCCCCAAGAUCAACCGCUCUAUGCAGAACUGGCACCAGCUAGAAAACCUCUCCAACUUCAUCAAGGCCAUGGUCGGUUAUGGCAUGAACCCUGUGGACCUGUUUGAGGCCAAUGACCUGUUUGAGAGCGGGAACAUGACGCAGGUGCAAGUGUCUCUGCUUGCGCUGGCGGGAAAGGCCAAGACCAAGGGGCUGCAGAGUGGUGUGGACAUCGGGGUCAAAUACUCGGAGAAACAGGAGAGGAACUUUGAUGAUGCCACCAUGAAGGCCGGCCAGUGCGUCAUUGGGCUGCAGAUGGGCACCAACAAAUGUGCCAGCCAGUCUGGCAUGACGGCCUAUGGUACCCGACGACACCUCUAUGACCCCAAGAACCACAUCCUGCCUCCCAUGGAUCACUGCACCAUCAGCCUCCAGAUGGGCACCAAUAAGUGUGCCAGUCAGGUUGGCAUGACAGCUCCAGGGACCCGGAGGCACAUCUAUGACACCAAGCUGGGCACCGACAAGUGUGACAACUCCUCCAUGUCUCUGCAGAUGGGUUACACGCAGGGCGCCAAUCAGAGCGGCCAGGUCUUCGGGCUGGGGCGGCAGAUAUAUGACCCCAAGUAUUGCCCACAGGGUCCAGCAGCUGAUGGGGCACCCGUCGGGGGUGACAGCCAUGGCGAGGGCCCUGAGUACCUGGCAUACUGCCAGGAGGAGGCGGGCUACUGAACACCCAAGGGUGCUGGCUCCCCAUGUCAGCACCCUGUGUGGGCUUUUCUUUGUUUUAUGUGUUUUCAUUGUGUUGUUUUGUUUUUUGAAACUGGGCCUCACUUUGUGGCCCUCUCUGGCCUGGAACUCACUGCAGUCCUCCUGCCUCAGCUUCCUGAGGGCUGGGAGGAGAGGUCUGCAUUAGCUGUGCCCUCCUCACCUGUCAUGCCUUGCUUCCCAGGACUGACCCACCCACCCAGUAAGCAACAUGGGGGUACUUGAUAGAGUAGCCAGCUAUAGAUCUCUCAGAAGGCUCUGGAAGAGUUUCGGGUUUCUUCAUCUCUUCAGUUUGUGGUGUGUGAUCCCAUGGAAAUUGCAGGCAGUUUCAAUGAAAGGAAACAAGGGGUUUUGUGUUUUGUUUGUUCCCCCUAAAGGUAUGGGGGUGCGCCUGGGUCCUAAAUACUGCAGGCAUUCUGAGGAACUGCAUUUGCUUUUCCCAAACCCUUGCCCGGAUUCGUCUGGGCUCCCACCUCCCCGCUCCCGAGCCUCCUGCCCUGGGGUGAUUAUCUGUGCUGGACUCCACCCUGGCGUCCAGAAGUGCUGCACCCGACCCACAGGGGCCUCUCUGCUUCCAGAUAAUGUGAAAUACCUUGUGUGGACCAAAACCAAUAAAAA